AUGGGGUGCCUGCAGGCACACAGAAUGCUGCUGCUCCCCGUGCUGCUGGUGGCGGUGGCAGUGUGCUGGAUGCCAUCCAUCCUCAGCGUUGUUGGAGAGGUGACGCUGGUGGAGGAUGAUGCGGGCGCGCUUCACAUCAACACGAGCAAUCCAAUGAGCCAGCCAGUGUUUGUGAAUGGCGUGAAUGUGCAUGAGACGCUCAGCACGCUGUUGCGGACAGUCUCAAUGCAGCAGAGCACGAUCGAUGCACAGCAGGGUAUCAAUGCUGCACAGCAAAGCACUGUCGAGCGGCUGUGUCGUCUGGCAAGACCAAGGGCCUGGACGUUUGGGCAAGUUGGUUCAAUGGGUGCAAAGUGGCUGGGUGGCGCUUUGGCGAACAACGGCCUGAUCUAUGCCGCACCUCGGAACUCGCCCUCUGUGCUCAUCAUCGACCCCGCCACCAACACUGUCGACACAACAACAAUCUCCGGACUUGGAACGGACAACUACAAAUGGGCUGGUGCAGUGCUGGCACACAACGGCCUCAUCUACAUGUUCGCUUCAAACAGGGAGACGAUGCUCAUCAUUGACCCAGACACUAACACCUUUGACACGUCAAGCAUCGACUCACUUGAUUCUGGUAGCCUCAAGUGGUACAGUGGUAUGGUGGCAAGCAACGGCCUCAUCUUCGGCAUCCCGUAUUCUGCAACCUUGGUGCUGAUCAUUGAUCCAGAAACAAACACAGCCGACCUCACCACGCUGUCUGGGCUCCCGAGCCAGACGAACAAAUGGUAUGGCGGAGUGCAGGCAGGCAACGGUCUUAUCUACUGCAUUCCGGCAUCAGCUUCCUCUGUCCUCAUCAUCAACCCAAAGUCUCUGACAAUAGACCUCACCACCAUCAGCGGCUUCGAUACAAACGCCAAGUGGUAUGGCGGUGUGCUUGCACGCAGCGGCCUGGUUUACACGAUCCCAUACCAGUCUGCGACGAUGCUCGUCAUCAACCCAGCCACCAAUGCCACCGACAAGGUUGUUGCAGAUGCGACGGGCUUUGAGAAGUGGGUUGGCGGUGAACUCGCACCCAACGGCAACAUCGUUGGCAUUCCAUUCGACUCCUCAUCCGUCCUCAUCAUUGAUCCAUCUACAAAUGCAAUCGACGUCACGUUAAUCAGCGAUCUUGCUGGGAGCCACAAGUGGUACGAUGGCAUACUCGCACCAAACGGCCUCAUCUACGGCAUUCCACAUGAUGCCGAGUCAGUCCUCGUCAUUGACCCGGGGUGCUGAUGUGUAUGUGUGUGUGUGCAUAUCUGUGUGUGUGUC